UCUGUUUACUCAUUAUCUUACUCUGAUCAAUGGCUCCAAUCAUACCACUUCACCGUACACCCCUUCAAUCUCCUCCAGUCCUCACGAAAACAUGCUAUUAAACAUCUCUUCCUCUCCAAUUUCUCACCGGAAUCCUUACUUCCUCUCCAAUCUCAACAAUCCCACAUCAUAUUUCCCUCGGCGAUCCAAAACCCAUCUCUCAAAAUCUUAUCUUUUUCCCAGUCUCCCUACUUUAUCGAACCAGAGCCUCAAGAACAAGGUUUCGUUCGGAAACAAGAGGUUCCCAGAUGGAGAACGGAUCGAUUUCAGGUCGAGAGCUCUCCCCGGGAUUGAUUUAGGAAGCUUCGAAUCAGUUCUAGAAGCUACUGCUGUUCUCACCGCGAUCAUCGUCGUCCACGAAUCGGGUCAUUUCCUCGCUGCUUCUCUUCAAGGGAUCCAUGUGAGUAAAUUCGCAAUUGGGUUUGGUCCGAUUCUUGCUAAGUUCGAUUUCAACAACGUCGAGUACUCGCUUAGGGCUUUUCCUCUAGGUGGCUUCGUUGGUUUCCCUGAUAACGAUCCCGAUAGUGAGAUCCCAAUAGACGAUGAGAAUCUCCUUAAGAACAGACCGACUCUAGAUAGAUCGAUUGUAGUUUCAGCUGGAAUCAUCGCCAAUGUGAUCUUCGCUUACGCUAUAAUCUUUGUCCAAGUGUUAUCCGUUGGUUUGCCUGUACAAGAAGCGUUUCCUGGUGUUCUUGUUCCCGAAGUUAAAACCUUUUCUGCUGCUUACCGUGAUGGGUUGCUUUCCGGCGACGUUAUCCUCUCAGUGGACGGCACUGAACUCUCUAAAACCGGCCCUGACGCUGUCUCUAAGGUCGUUGACAUUGUCAAAAGAAACCCAAAGAGUAAUGUCUUGUUUAGAAUCGAGAGAGGGAACAAAGAUCUCGAUAUUCAGGUCACACCGGAUAAGAACUUUGAUGGGACGGGGAAGAUCGGUGUUCAGCUAUCUCCAAAUGUUAGAUUCACUAAGGUGAAGCCGAGGAACAUCCCUGAAGCAUUUAGGUUUGCAGGGAAGGAGUUUAUGGGGCUAUCGACUAAUGUAUUGGACGGUCUUAAACAAACGUUCUUCAACUUCUCUCAGACAGCAAGUAAAGUAGCAGGUCCUGUGGCAAUCAUUGCAGUGGGAGCAGAAGUGGCGAGAUCGAACAUCGACGGUCUUUACCAGUUCGCUGCGUUGCUGAAUAUCAACCUUGCGGUGAUCAAUCUCUUGCCAUUACCGGCUCUUGACGGUGGGACAUUGGCUUUGAUAUUAUUGGAAGCGGUUAGAGGAGGGAGGAAGCUUCCUGUAGAGGUGGAACAAGGGAUUAUGUCUUCAGGUAUCAUGCUUGUGAUAUUCCUUGGAUUGUUUCUCAUUGUCAAGGAUACACUUAGCCUUGAUUUCAUCAAGGAAAUGUUGUAGUUAUCUCUUUUGCUGAAAGAAAAGUGUUUUGAUUUAAGGAAGAGAGAAACUUUAGUGUGAAGAUGUCGAGAGUUUUAGAUACAAAAAAACAAAAAUUGGUUCCAAAUACAAAUACAUGGUGAUGAAUUGAUGGUACAUAUCCAUGUAAUAUCUCUCUACUCUGUUAUCCACUAUAAAAGAUGUUUUGUUUUU